UCAAGCUGUUUAGUAAGAAGGGCUGUAUGUAUAUAUUACAUGCUAUCAUGUGGUGCGGGACUGAAGCCUUCCUAGACGAAUGUUCGUCUUGCUAACGGUUUUUGCAUAGGGUACUUUUCGCCCGCAUCUACAGUGUUUUAGUUGACACACGAUGUUAUAAGACGGUUUAAGAACAGACAUAAAUUCCGUUUGGGCUUGAACAGAGAACCCAGGAUGACAAGUCGAAUCGGCCUCGCUGUGUUUGGACUGGGUAGCAUUGGAAACAUCCACGUCAAAAACAUUCUGACAUCACCACGGGCCAGCCUUAAAUGGAUUGUCAGGAACAAGUUGGAAGAAGCGGAAAAGUUUGUAAAAGCGUACGAUAUCUCAGCCCGUUGCGCUACGCCUGCACAGAUUAAUGAUGUCAUAGAUGACCCCAGUGUCCGCGGCGUUCUCAUCUGCUCGCCCUCAACUUCUCAUGAGGAGAUCAUCGCAGCAUCGCUCAAGGGAGGGAAGACUGUGCUUUGUGAGAAGCCAAUCACGACGGAAGUGUCGUCCACGCAGGCGUGUUACGAUCUGGCGGAGAAACAAGGCUGUCAUUUAUUGUGCGCUUUCCACAGGAGAUUUGAUCCCAGUUUCCGGGCUCUUCAUGAACGCGUUGUCAGUGGGAGUUUGGGACCGUUACGCAUGGUCCGUACCAGCAGUCGGGACUACACACCUCCCACAGCAGACUACAUUAAAACUUCAGGUGGAAUUUUCAUCGAUACCGUCAUACAUGACCUUGACAUUACUUCAUGGGUGGUGGGGUCAAGGCCACGACUGGUGUUUUCUCGAGGUCACGCCUUUUCAGAUCAGUUUGCGAAACACGGCGACGUUGAUGUACAGGUGACCACUGUCCACUUUGAGAACGGUGUAAUUGCAAUAUUGGACAAUGUCCGGCAAUCCCUGUACGGUUAUGACCAGCGUUUUGAGGCAGUCUGUGAGGAGGGAAUGCUCACCGUCGACAACCCAACUCUGAACUCCCUAUCUGAGCAUGGCCCGCGGGUCACGGCUACCCCCAGGACCGGCCAGUCCUACCUGACCCGCUACCCCCAGGCUUACGCUAACGAAAUGGAACAUUUCCUCGAUGUACUGGAAGGAAAAGCUGCUCCGUUGAUUACCAAAGACGAAACGUUACAGGCCAUGCGAUUGGCUGAGGCUUGUAAGCAAUCAUGUCAGUCUGGACAGCCAUUGGUCGUAUGAUAUUAGUUUUGAGGGAUUAAGCAAGUACAUUUGUUUGAUUUCAAAGCUUAUGGCACGCGUAUUAUAAUCAUAAUUUACGUACGUUCAGCCCCCAGUUUCACAGAACGUCUUUGGUCAGUUCAGUAAAUUGCGUACGGCUGUAGUUUUUGUCAAGUACGGCAUGGAAUGUUUUUUCGAAAAGAAAACAAAAUGUCAAGCACUACUUUGAUAUAGUAUAGAUACUGGCUUAGAAAAAAAUUUCUUCACAAAGCAAUUGAGGAAGUGAUAGCUGGCAAGUUUACUUUAUGCUAGAAGAAUUGUUUACGUCAACUCUAUACAAAUAUCAGCCUGCGUGGUAUCAUUCGCAAUGAAAUGAAAUGCUUCGGUAGAAUUAAGCUGAAAGCUGAUUUGUUAACUUUGGUCACCCUCAUUUUACUCGCAGUG